GGAGCGGCGUGCUCGGCGGAACUCUAGAGCGGAGCGGCGCGCUCGGCGUAACUCUAGAGCAGAGCGGCGCGCAUGGCGGAACUCUGGAGCGGAGCGGCAUGCUCGGUGGAACUCUGGAACAAAGCAGCGUGCUCAGCGGACCUCUGAAGCAGAGCGGCACCCUCGGUGGAACACUGGAGCGAAGAGGCACCCUCGGCGGAACACAGAAGCAGAGCAAUGUCCUAGGUGGAACACUGGAGCGGAGCAGUGGUGGUACACAGAAAUGAAGUGGUACCCUAGGCGGAACACUGGAACGGUGAGACGCUUUCGUUACUCCCAGUAACUGUUUUCGGUGAAGCAACAACCCCAGCGGGACACACAAAAUGAGCGGCACCCCCAGCGAGGAGAAACUGCUGGGCAAUGCCCCCAGUAGAAUUUGGAGGCUGGGCAGUGUACUCCGCCGUUGUCAUCCCAAACAUCCCUGUAAAAUGCCUGAUGAAAUUGGCAUACAAGCCAAAAUCGCCCGCGUUCAUGCUCCACAAUCUACUGGCCCACGAAAAAGCCUCCCCAAACAGGAGACAAACGCAGAAAAAGUGAUCUUGGCUUGUUCGGUGGGGAAUUGGGAUGACUGUACAUCCACGUACCUGCCGACGCUCUGUAGGAAGCCGCUCCAUCCGGCCGCAUCGCCGGAGAAACGAGCCGGGAUGCCAUCAGACUAUCGGAGGUGCGCAGCGCCACCGCACUUACGUGAUCCCGAGCCGGUGAGCAUGAUUCGUGAGGAGCGGCCGUAAGCUUCUGGGUGGAAACUGAAGUGGAACUGGGCUGCCGAUCCAACGCGGUAGAGCAAAUCCUUUUUUUGUUUCGGGUUUAGGUCGGACCUUCUGUCACGGCAGUGACCACGCAUAGGAAAUGGGAGUAACUUAAUCAUUGUUUAUUGAAACACAAACCAUAAACAUGAGUCCGUUAGGGUUACGAACUGUAAUGCGGGUAUAGUCCGUAAUGCAUGGAAAAUCUGUAAAGCGGGUAGGAUCCGUAACGCAGGGAUAAUCCAUAAAGUGGGUAGGAUCCGUAACGCGGGGAUAAUCCGCAAAGUGGGUGGGAUCCGUAAAGUGGUUAGGAUCCGCAAAGCGGGUAGGAUUCGUAACACACUGGGAUAAUUCUGAUAAGGAGUAGAAUCCUUAGAGUUGAAACCGGGAGCAGGUACCAGCGGGGAAUGCUGGUGGUAGGGAGUCCUGUAGAUCACUGUGGCAAUAAUGUAGAUCCGACAGCGAGUCGGGUCGGAAUGGGAGCUUAAGAAGGGAAACCAGUAACGAGUGACAGGUGACGCGAUUAGCCCCGUGAGCAGCUGAGAGAGAGCCGCAGAGGGGAUGUGGCAGGUGGAUCCUUGAUAUAAAUGCAGCCAUGUUACUAUAAACAAAGAAAGGGUAUAAAAAUAGCAUUAAAAUGUACAUGUACAGUCUGUAUUUCAUGUUAUGAGAGCAGGAUUUUAGGAAAUAGUUUCUGCCCUUGUCUUAUCAAUAAAUAAAGUUGUUUUAUACUGUAUUUAGUUCAUUUUAAUUAGAUUUUGACUGUAAAAUAAACAUUAGCUUGAAUCUAAAAGUUAACUACAAGAGUUCAUUCUUUUUCCACAUUGUUAUCAUGAUUGUAUUUAAACAUUAACUGCAAUCCAGUGGUCCAAGGGUUAAGUCUGUCUUGUCUGUUCACAUUCAUUCUUCCAACUUCAGACCAAUUAAACAACUUAACCAUCUCCCUAACAUAGUAGACAAGUUUCAGUUAAGGAUCAAAAUGGACCUUCAGGAAUACUUCAGAAGGAUCAGGUUCAGCGGGGUGUACGAGAAACCCGAUCUGGUCACACUCCGUACCGUCCAUGAGCUGCAUGUGAUGAACGUUCCAUUCGAGAACCUCAGCGUCCACUGUGGAGAAUGGAACACCAUGGACCUGCAGAUCAUUUAUGAGAAGAUUGUGAAAAAUCAUCGUGGAGGAUGGUGCUGUGAAAACAACCUGCUCUUCUCCUGGGUGCUGAGAGAGAUGGGCUACAAAUACACCACACUGGGCUCUAAAGUCUUCAAUACACUAAAAAAUGACUUCGGCCUCUUGGAUUCACAUCUUAUUAACCUGGUGGAGAUCGAAGGCAAACCAUAUAUCACUGAUGUGAGUUUUGGAUUGUCAUACCAAAUAUGGCAACCGUUAGAAAUGAUCUCAGGGAAAGAUCAACAGCAGCCAGGUGGAGUUUUCCGACUACAGAAUGACGGUGAGAAGUGGAUCCUGGAAUUGACCGGAAGGAAGCUGCUGGUCCAGAAUGAAGCCUUCACCAAUUUAAGCCUCGUCGACCGGCGCUUGACAAAGACAAUCUUCUCUUUUGUGUUAACACCACGUGGUGUUGACCAUUUUCUUAAUACAAGUGAGUACCUGCAGACCAGCCCUGAAUCUCUGUUCACCCAGAAAUCCAUUUGUUCCCUUCAGACCCCUACUGGAUUCAGAGCUCUGAUUGGUUGGACCUACAGAGAAGUAACAUUCAACCCUGAGGAAAAUGCAGACAUCAUCGAGAUGAAAGAUGUAGCUGACAGUGAGAUAGAGACCAUACUCAAGGAAAAGUUUAAUAUAGUGUUAGUUAAUAAACUGACACCAAUAAACAUUAAAACGGAAUAUAAACUCUAGGGCAUGAAAACACAUUUAUCUAAGGCCUUCCAACCCCAAAUGGGCAUUAUGAUUAUAAUUAUGAUUAUGAUUCUCCAAACCUUGAUUGCUUUUAUAAUUUGUAUGUCAGUAAUAUGUGUGUACAAUCUCAACUAGACCAUUUUCAAAAUCAUUUUAAAAACGUAUUAGAAUUCACUGAAUUAAGUGUUGCAUUUUCAUAUUUACAUCUGUUUAGCAAUUUGCUUGUAAAUUCAUAUUCAGUGAAGGAUUUUGAUAGUUUUACUGUAGAUGGACAGGAAAGAUUUUCAUAUUCAUUUCUGCAUUUUUGCCCCACAGCAACAUGUGGUUAAAAAAACAUAAAUAAAUAAUUUUUUUAUUCAUUAUUAUUGAUUAUGCAAUGAUUAUGAGCUAGGACUGGCCAGCAGUAUCACACAGUAUUAUAUACAAGGUACAGGACAGAAGAGAGGAAUGUGGUAUUGUAAGUUGUCUAUACAGUUCUAUGAGAUUCACUGUAUAACCACAAUCUGAUGAGUCAAGUGAAGAAUUGUAGUUAAGGAUGGAUAUAGCACCAGGAAUACAUUGUUCAUUGUUCAUGUUCAUGUUAGUUUCUCUUGAAUUCUGAACAUCUAUUAUGUGUGGGUUUGUAAAUUGCUUGCUUCACAAAUCCAGAGUGGUGUAGUUUAUUGAGGGAUUUGCUUUUGAUAACAAAAGAGUUGUGCAAUGUCUCUGUCAAGCACUAGCAUUGUGUAGCAUUAUUUCAAAGCUGAACAUUUCUUUUUUUUUUACUUUGCAUUGGUUGCUGAAAAGAUUUUGGGGUCCUAUAAUUAUUUUCCUUGCCGUACUCACUUUGUUUAAAGAUUUCUGCUUUCAAUUAUUUUGACUUGUGGAUUAUAGCUUUUUAGUUGAGUUAUCUAAUAUGCAUAAUUUUCUUCUAUUAAUUAUGAGCUAUUUUACAUAGAUUUUUAUUUGAUCGAUAUCUAAAAUUUGUAACAACAAUUGUUUUAAAUUAGGUCACUUACAUUCGACCUAAUGGCGCAGACCAAAAAUAAAUGUAUGCACAUGGGCUGUCAAACUCCACAUUCAACCUGAUAACUGUCAGGCAAAGAACGUGCCGGAAACCGAAGUAAAUUCCACAAGGCUUUUAAUGAGAAAAGCACAAAAAUAAGGAAACCCCAGGUUUGCUAAACCAGGUAAGAGCGGUGAUCAGGCAGAAGCAAAACAAAUAAACAAUGCAAAGUAGUCCGACAGUGUUCUAUCGCCUAAGCUGUAGAACGGACAAUGAGCUGGUGGAGGGACGGAGGUUAUAUAGCAUGGGAGCUGAUGAGGGCCAGGUGUAGCUGAUUAGUAAGUGGGAGAGUGGCUUGGAGUGAUAAGUGAAGGUGUGGCUGGUGGAUCCCUGACAAUGACAUAACAAAGCUAUUUAGCCCAAUCCGCACUUUAACUUACAUCUUAAGCAUUGUAGUCUCAAAGAAAACAAUUAUGAAGAAAAUGCAUUAAGCCACCUUAAGCUUUACGACAUUGAUACUAAAAGACCAAAUUCGGCAUAUCACUUAUUAUUAAAAGGUACUAUAUACAGGCAAGCAGACUAUAAGGCCACAAUUACAAAACAGCAUUUAAAGUUUUACUUUAAGCAUUUUCCUACCUUAUAAAGUAAUAGUUUUGAAUGAUUUUCAUUAAAUAUUGAAAGAAAAUUACCCAUAUUCGGUUGCGCAUCUACCUAGUAAAUCUGUAUAAGCUCCGCCCCCUUCUGGUCCGAAAUUGCUGGCCUGGUUAACAGGUUGCACAGGGCAGGAAAAUACUUUGAAUUAAUAACAAUCCAUCACAUAGGCAAUUUUAGACUUUACAGAAUCAACUGUCUUUAUAAAGUCAUAAUUCCUGAAUCAAACACUGGCACUGAUCAAUGCAGCCAUGUUACUAUAAACAAA